CUUGAAUUCUUUAUUAAUAAUUAAAUUUAAUUGUUGAUAUUUAUUUUAAAUUAUUUUAAUUUUAUUUUUUCAUGUUUUCACACAUUCUUGAUUUAUUAUUUUAACACAGCAUAUCAACAUUUCCUUGAUAUUCCAUCAACAAUAAUCAAGAAGAUUCCUUCCUUCAAGUACCACAUUUUAUAUUUUAAUAAUGUCUCACUACCGACGUAGCUAUUCCCGUGAUGGGUCUUAUGAUGAUUAUAGAUCAAGUCGUCAUCAUAAGAGGGAUUCAGAUAGAUACGAGCAUAAGUAUAAGAAGAGGAGUAGAAGUAGAAGCCACUAUCGUAGCCGUCAUAGACAUAGAUCAAGAACCAGAAGCAGAGGUAGGGAUUAUGAUAGAGAUUAUGAUAGAGAUUAUGACAGAGAUAGGGACAAACACUCAUACUCUAGAGAUAAACGGCACUACUCAGAGGCUAGUGACUCUGAGAGGAAAACAGCUAGUUCGUCCUUGACCACAGAAUCUACCAGAAAGGCAUAUAGCACCGACUUUAAAUCUAUUAAUAAGAAACAAUCUUCGUGGGAUAGCUUAACUCCAGUAUCAAGUAUAAGUCCUGAACUUUGUGAUACGAAAUCCCUGAUAAAUAAUAAAAAGCCUGAGCAGUCAAAAGCACCAGAAGAACCUCAGAAAAGCUACAAGAUAUACAUAGGUCAAUUGGAUCCUAGUUGUACAAUUGAAGAUAUACGAGUGAUCUUCUCAUCAUUUGGUGAUAUUUUAAACAUUGAUCUACCAACGGAACCUGAUACUAAUAAGGUUAAGGGCUUUUGCUUUGUUGAAUAUAGGAAAAAGGAAUCAGCAGACCUUGCACUAAAUUCUAUGCAGGGAUUUCACAUAAAGGGAAAACCUAUUAAACUAGCUCGCCCAAACAUUUCAUCAUCUGGAUCCUCAUCGGGAAUUUGUCCCAUUGGAUAUAAUAAUCCACUCUCUAACCCUCUGGCAGCAGGAGCUGUGGCUGCAGCAACCUUUUUACAAAACCGGUCAGGAGUCAGAGUUGAUACAAAUAAUGUGCUGACAAAAAUAUCGGCAUCGACUCCAUCAUUCACAAUUGGGGCAACACCACCGGAACUGAAUGGUAAAAGAGUUGUUUUAGAGAAUGUACCAUUUGAACUGGCGGCAUCAGAUAUCAGAAGAAUAUUUGAGCCGUUUGGAAACAUUACAGAAUGCGUUUUAUAUUCACGAGAAAUGUUACCCGGAGCGUUUUUCGCUCUGGGUUAUAUAGACUUUGUAAGUGCAAAUGUGGCACAAACUGUUUGCUCCACAAUGAAUGGAUUUGAAAUCGCUGGAUCUAAGAUACAAGUCACUUUGGCACCGGAGUCAUCAGUGGUUGGCACAUCUAACGUGAUUGUAAUCUAUAACAUGGUGGAUCCUAAACUCGCUGAUGAGAAUUUAGCUAAUGAGGUCAAGGUUGAGUGUAAUAAAUAUGGGACUGUAACUUCUGUUUACUUACACUUUUCUGCAAAUAAUGAUACUCUAUCAGUUUUUGUAGUAUUCAACACGCCUGAGGAUGCCGAUAAUGCUGUAAGAGCACUAAACACAAGGUGGUUUAAUGGAAGGCAAAUCAUGUGUAAAACGUAUGAUGCCUCGGCAUACUUCAGUGGGAACUAUGACCUGUAA